CAUAAUGUUCUGUAAUUAGUGAUAGUAAGUAUUCCUAUAGUACUAAAAUAGUUAAUUCAAAAAUAUGGUUUAUAUAUUAAGAUGUUUAGGAAGUAAUUUUGCACUAUUAAUCACCCUCACCAGAUGUUUUAAGUUUUUCGACUUUUUCACGUUGUUGUUCCGUUUCUUUGAUAUACAUAAGUUUCUCCUUGGUCAAUCUUUUCACCACACCAGUCUUGAUUUUCAACGUUUUAAUACGAGGAUCUGCCAUCACUUACCCCAACACGAGAAGAAAUCCUUCCUAUAUUCAACGCAGCAGCUGCAGACGUGGGUAGAAUUGAAAUGAAACAGAAAGGAAAUCGUUACUAUGGCUUAGGUUGAAUUUAAAGUUAUUAAAUCAAUAAGAGAAUGAAUGGCAAUUGUUCUUUUCGUGAAUGUAAGUAGAGCAACCAGACUUCCAAGAAAUGUAAUAGAAAAUUUAGAAAUUAAAAUAACUUUAUGCUACAAGCAUAGGUAAGAGAAGGCUAACAAAACUUUUGAACCAUUUUAUCUAACCUAAAAUAUCAACGUAAAAUUUCGUGACUUCUUGAGAGUGCUGGUAGAUAGCAGCACGUUAAAUAAUUAACUAAUUAUUAAAUUUAAUAAUUGAAUAACGAAUAUAACAGCUUUCGGAUAUUGUAUCCAAUAUCCAUACUAUUGUUUAAUGUUUAUGUGCUAACUACUAAAGUUUUACACCUACGUUCAGAAAGUUAAUAGAUUAAUACUUUUAACCUUGAAAAUUUCGGUGCAUACUAGUUGCAUCUCAAUGCCAAGUAGGAUCAAAUUUUAACAAAUACAUUCAGUCAUUCAAGUAGUUAGUAUCCAGAGAGGUCAAUCCAUUACCUUUUACCCAUUGGCCAUUACCUAUAAAAAAAUAGAACACUUCAAGCCUUUAUGCUACAGACAACGUUAUAUGGAAUGAUAUUUAAAUAUUUAAUUAUAGCUGUGAUAAUAGCACUAGGCCCCGGACCAAGGUUAUUAGAUAAUACUAGUAAGAUAACGCAAGACAUGCCUGCCGUCUGCGUGGGCUAGUGAUUUAUUUAUGUUUAUCCAUGAGUUAAUUAAUAUUUAUUAUGUUAAUUAGUGAUGGAAAUAAACGAAUGAUUUUAAUAAUAAUCAAAUGAUAAGUAAUCGAUAUAAAAUAUAAGAAUAUACAAGAAGAAGGCGCGCACCCGGGCUAUAAGGCGUCCGGCAGUUAAGGAUUUUCGUUCCGGUCAAGUAACUUGAACUCGCUUAUUCUUCCCAUAGACCUUAUAUUAUUUAGUAUAAGGUCUAUGGACGUAGAGAAGAUACAUCUCGACAUCGUGCACAAUCUGCACAUAAUACUAAAUAGUAAAUAGGCAUUUACAAAAUGGUCGUCACUUUUUUUGUUUACAUUGAAAGUGACCCUUCUGCUUUUAUCUAUUCUGUAGUAUUAAUUUGAUUGCGUUAUCACAUAAAACAACUUAAUGAUAAUGAGAUAAUAUUUGAUUAGUGAUUACUGAUUACUGAAAGACUAUGGUUUACGGGCAGGACUAGGCGUAGCACGUAAGAUUUGGCUAUGUAGCAUUUUUAUUUUUAAAUUAAAAAUAAUUUAUAAUGAAAUCAUUAUUAAAUAACAUGUAACAUGUUUACCUAUGGUAUAUAAUAUGAGUGGCGAAGUAAAAAUUGUUUAGUGAGGGAGAAACUGUUUAAAUUAACACACUGGUGUUGGAUUUAUUUAAAUCAUGGAAGUAGAAGAUAAUUUUCCAGCUGCAUUACGUAUUGUCACGGAAAUUCAAAAUGUAAUUAAUAAAGAUCCGAAAUUAAAAGAAUUUGAUCUAGUCAUCCAACCAGAAAGUCAAAACAAGUCGCCAGUCAUACAUGUUGAGAAUUGCCUAGGUCUUGAAACAUGGUGUGUACGCCAUGUAUACGAAUAUGUACACAGAAAAUUAAUUGCUCACAGAAAACGAUUGAAAAGACAAGCUCCAUGUGACCUAAUACCAUUGCUCACAUCAGCAUUGUUGAUAAAUCCAGAGGUAAUCACCUUUUGGAAUAUAAGAAAAGAGUUAUUAAUGAGUGGAUAUUUACACCUUAUGGAAGAGUUACAAUAUUCUGCUGUUGUAUUAUCAUUCAAACCGAAAUGUGCGGAAAUAUUUAACUAUAGAAAAUGGAUUUAUUCCAACAUGUUAAAUGAUUUCAAUACUACCAAUAUUGUGUUCAAUGAGUUCUUGGUAACAUUGUCUGCUGCUGCUGCAUACCCUAGCAAUUAUAAUGCUUGGAAUCAUAGUUUUUGGUUUGUUGAAAAAUCACUUCAAUGUGAAAACUUUGGUAUUGUCGCUCAGCAAUUAGCAAUGACAAAGACAUGGUGUCGUGAGCAUGUUUCUGACCACAGCUGUAUGCAAUACCGACAGCGAUUACUCAAAUGUUUGGUUGCUGAUAAAAGAUGUUUACGGCAUUUAGAAUUCUGUACGUCAAAAUCACUUUUAAGAUUUUUCAACUCUGAUGAGAGGCAUAAAUUAAUGCGACCAUCAGAAGACUAUUUUGGCGAGGCUCUUGGAGUGACAUUAGAUGAACUUUAUUUCAAUGAAGAUCUGAUUGCAAUGUAUCAGAAUCACGAGGCUCUUUGGAAUCACCGAAGAUUUUUGUGUCAUUUAUUGAUAAAUAUAUGCAACACUGAUUCAGUUAAAGAAGUUUUAAUGAAUAAUGAAAAAAGAAUAUGUACCUCUUUUUUUAAAGGCAAUGAAACAUUUAUAAAAAAACAUGUGGUAUGGCUUCAAAGAACUUUAUGUAUUCCUAUUAAAUUAUUGUAAUUUUAUUUGAUUCAAUUGUUACCAUUCAUUCAUAAAAUAAAAAUCCUAAACUUAUGUUUUCUAUAAUUAUUAUAAAUUAUAUUAAUGUUUUAUUAAUUUUACCAAUUUUAUCAAUAUAUAACCACAAUAUUUUGUG